AUGGUCGCAUCCAAAGAUUCUUGGCUGCAAAAAGCCGACAUCACAGCCUCCAAGCUCCUCUUCUACUUCGUCUUCUGGGGGAUGCAUUUUGGUCUUUUUGCCGUGGGAUGGUACCUCCAAACAUCAAGUUCCAAACUGGCAUCUCUUAAUGUACUCCAGUAUUCGGUCUGGAUCUCUCGAGGCGCCGGACUGGCGCUCUCAGUCGAUGGAACCUUGAUUCUUCUUCCCAUGUGUCACAACGUGCUUCGGUGGCUCAGACCGCAGAUUCGAUGGUUGCCGCUCGACGAGUCUGCAUGGUUUCAUCGCCAGGUCGCGUAUGCGCUGCUUGUUUUUACGGGGCUCCAUGUCGCAGCUCACUAUGUCAACUUCUAUAAUAUCGAGAAGAACCAAGUUCGCCCUGAGCUAGCAGUUCAAAUUCACUUCACCCAGGCUGGUGGUAUCACUGGCCAUGUCAUGCUCUUGUGCAUGAUGCUGAUGUAUACUACUGCGCAUCAUCGCAUUCGCCAACAGGCAUACGAGACAUUCUGGUACACGCAUCAUCUGUUCAUCCCGUUUAUGCUCGCAUUCUACACCCAUGCCACGGGCUGCUUUGUGCGAGACACCACCGACCCCUUUUCACCAUUUGCAGGACAGCCGUUCUGGGACCACUGCCUUGGUUAUGAGGGGUGGAGAUGGGAGCUGGUCGCCGGCGUGUUGUAUCUUCUCGAGAGACUCUACCGCGAGAUUCGGUCUCGGCGGGAGACUGUCAUCACGAAGGUGAUUCGUCACCCGUACGAUGCAAUGGAAAUCCAAUUCCACAAACCCAGCAUGAAAUACAAGCCCGGCCAGUGGAUUUUCCUCCAGGUCCCCGACGUUUCCAAUACCCAAUGGCAUCCAUUCACGAUCACAUCCUGUCCCUUCGAUCAGUAUGUGAGCGUACACGUCCGCCAGGUCGGAGACUUCACGCGAGCCCUCGGAGAUGCCCUCGGAUGCGGACCGGCGCAGGCCCAAGACCUGGAAGGUCUCGAUCCGUUGGGUAUGUACGAGGUGGCGCUGCAGAACGGCCAAAUGAUGCCGUCGAUACGCGUGGAUGGGCCGUACGGAGCACCGGCCGAAGACGUAUUCGAGAACGAAAUCGCCGUGAUGAUCGGCACAGGCAUCGGGGUCACGCCGUGGGCCUCAAUCCUGAAAAACAUCUGGCACCUGCGGUCGAGCCCGAACCCGCCGCGUCGUCUGCGCCGUGUCGAGUUCAUCUGGAUCUGCAAGAACACCUCGACCUUUGAGUGGUUUCAGGCGCUACUCUCCUCGCUGGAAGCCCAGUCCGCCGAAGCCGCCACCAACGAGGGCCAGGCUGAAUUCCUGCGCAUCCACACCUAUCUCACCCAGCGGCUGGACGACGACACUGCUGCCAACAUCUACCUCAAUUCCGUAGGCCAGGCGCUGGACCCACUCACCGAACUGCGCAGUCGCAUGAAUUUCGGUCGUCCGGAUUUCAAGCGCCUGUUCACUGCCAUGCACCUCGGCUUGCUGGACCAGUCCUACAUGAGCGGUCUGCAGAAUGCAUCGACAACGGAAAUUGGUGUGUAUUUCUGUGGACCCAACACUGCGGCGCGCCAGAUCAGCAAUGCGGCCAAAUCGUCGUCGACUAAAGACGUCAAGUUCAAGUUCUGGAAGGAAAACUUUUAA